GUCAAAUAAAGGAUGAUGAAAAUCUUUGCAUCAAACCAAAGAAAUAAUCUUCCAUGCAAAUUCCAGCUAUUAUAGUAGCAAAAAUAAAGAGGAGAGAAAAAAUGCCCAUAGCACACACAGGUAGGAGCUCUGGUGAAUUAAACGAGAGAUAUGAUCUGCCAAGAUACGUUUGAUAUACAACUGGAUAGGUGCAAUAACUAUAAACUUAUCAGAUGCAACGCGUAUAAAUGAAUUUUCAUUUUAAUGUUAUUCGAUAUUCUGCGGGAAUUAUAUGUACCGCGUUAAAUUUUUUACAAUAACGCUGUCGAGGUGAUUUGGAAAGAAUAUUGUAGAUGUGGCACAGGAAUCAUAUCAGAAUGAUUCAAAUUUUGAAAAUCUAUAUUCUCUGUGAAAUUCAUAAAUUUCCAUAAAAAUUUUAAGCAAUACUUAACUUUAAAAAUAAAAAGCAAACCAUUGCUGUAUGUACACGUUUAGCCGAAACAUUAUUAUUACAAUAUAUUUAAAUUAAGAAACAAAUAGAAUCGGACGUCACAUAUUUUGAUAUCAGAAUACUGAUCUACGAUAAAGUUCAAUAUUAGCUCGGCUUUACAGCGAGACUUGGUUAUCGUGGUUGUGACACAUACGACUCUCUUACAUUGAAGUAACUACAUAGUCAGAUUAUGUCAACACCUCGUUGUGAUGACGAAAAAAAGAACAGCUCUACGUUUACCCAAAGUCUUCAAGUUCCAUCCCAUCGCCAGUAUAAAUGGGAAACACUUAGUACACAACAUCGCAGUUUACUUCUACUUUUCAAUUCGUCAACUUUCGGUUAUCUUCUAAUAAUUAAUGAACAGAGUUAACGAUCUCAAGUUUACCAAACAUUCCUGUACUUACAAACCAUCAUAAAAUAAAAUCCUGAAAAUGAGACUUCGAUUGAGUAUUGCAGUACUGGUGAUUUUAGCAUGCUUUCUACUGGAAGCUUCGGCAACGACAUCGAAUCGAAAUACAGAGGCAAUAAAGGAGAACUCGCGGUCAACGAAUUCAAAAGAUGUCCGUUAUUCGAAGAAUAAGCCCGUUGAUUACAGAAAAAAAGAGAGUGGCAAAGAACAAGAGCUGGAAAAAAAAAAGAAGCAACGUCGCGACGCCCAUGGAAACCAGAAAAUCAAAUCAAACGAAGUUUUCAAAAAUAAUAAAUAUGAGCGCGGUGGAAAAUCGUCCUACGAAGAACAGAACCGGAUGAAAUCGCAUAAGCACAACAAACUCGACAGAGGCGUAGAAAAUUUUAAGAAUGGCAAAAGUAACGUCAAAAGCAAUACGGAAAAAAGUAACAAGAGCAAGAGAACUCUUGAAUUGGAACAACCUGAGGACCUGGACAUUCACGGAAAAGAAGGCGCGUCGGACAACGUAGACUCCAGGUAUACGUCGAAGAAGAUGUCUGACAAUACUCUUCGUAAGAAAUCUGAAUCUAAAGGUGCAGACUGCGCGACGGCCGAAGGUGAUGAUGUGAAUAAUAUUGAACUUGAAUCUAAUAGCCAUCCGUCUGAAGCGAGAAAAAUUAAAAGCCCCAAGAAAAACCAGGUCAAAUUAGACAAGCGGGAAGAUUCAGAGUUGACGAAGACUCAUAAGCGAAGUGGUAAAAGUGAUUCAAUGUGUAAAGAAAAUGUGGUAUCGCGUGACAGCGAAUCAGAGAAAAAAAUUCAAAUAAUCGAGAAAUCAGACUUGGAUAAUUUGUCGGAAAAUGGUAAUCAUUUGGAGGGCGAAAUUUUGAUGAAGAGAAAGAAGUGUAAAACCGAAAAAUUGAAACAUAAUAAAAAAUCCUCUAAAAAAUCAUCCACAACUGGAUCGAAAAAGAAAUGUCGGAAAUAUGAUGAAUCUGCGCAAGUUUUACACGAGGAAGAAAACUCAGCUGAAAAGUUGGAAGACCAUGAAUCGGGUAGUUGCGAUAUGAAAACUCAAAGUGUGCCUAAACGAAAUAAAGUUCACGCUGAGGAAUUGGAAUAUUUUGCAGAUGAUAUCGUAAAAAGCACCAUUGUGAACUCCGACGAACGAGAUGUUGAAAAAAAUUCUUUCGAAAAUUCAACGAAUGAACAGGAAAUAGAUUCAGAAAAUCUUCACGAAGCGGAUGGGGAUAUCAACGAUGAAGAAAAUUGUUCGCAAGAAAAUUGGCUCAAGUAAAAAUUUACCGGAAAGAAAUUAUCCCGCGGUAUAUGCAGACAGACCAUUCAAACGAUGAGCAAAAAUUUUUUAAACUUAUUUAAAUAAUGUAACAUAAAUCUGGAUAGAUAUUAUGUACAUGUAUGUAUAAAUAUGUAUGUAUGUUCGUGUGAUAUAAUAAUGUUAAUGAAGAAAGACAAACAGUUUCAAACUUUAA